AUGGCUGCGUUCAUGAGGAGCGUGUCUAUGUUCCUGGUGCGGGGCCGCCGAGCCAGUCGUACCACCGAGUCCAACAAGCUCAAGUCGUCCGCCUCCGCCGACCAGAUCCACCAGGUCCAGCGUCGUGGAACUUUGCAAGAAAAAAAGACAACUUUUCACAAGAAAAUGCAGCCGGCGUCCAACACGAAAGGAAAAUGCUCCUCAGCCCAGUUAAUUGAGUCGUUGAAGAAAAGAACGCACUUCAACAAACGAGAGAUUGAAGCUUUACUCAAGCUGCACCGGUCUUUGGCUGCAAAUGCUCAAAAGAGGCAAAUGCCCAGGGGACCUAAACCAGCAAAUAUGGGCUCCGGAUCAGAAGGUGGUCGAGCGGUUUUGGACCGAGAGUGUUUCCGAGAGCUUCUGCACAAUUCUCUAGAUCUGACUGAAGAGAAGUUGAUGGAGCGUAUUUUCCACGCGUUUGACAAACGCAGUGAAGGUGUUAUUGACGGCGAGCGCUGGGUUUUAGGGAUGUCAGUCCUGCUUAAAGGAUCACUUGCCGAAAAGCAGAGCUACUGUUUCAACGUUUAUGAUUUGAAUGGAGAUGGAUUCAUCAGCAAAGAGGAAAUUCUGCAUCUCCUGUCCGGCUGCUUGGCGACCCCAGCGACUGGGGACGAAGACCCGGAAGAGGGGGUUCGAGACCUGACUGACGUCGCCCUUCGGAAAAUGGACGUUGACCGAGACGGAAAAUUGUCUUUCAAUGACUAUGUUGAAGCAAACAAGCAGGAGCCUCUGCUUUUAGAAGCGUUCGGGCCUUGCUUGCCUUCGGAACAGACCUGCGAGUCUUUCCUCGCCACAUUGUUAAGGGCUUAAUUAUUCAAAAUAGUUUAAUGAAUGAGAGGAGAAAUUGUUAAAUAAA